CAUAACAACUUUAUUCGGUCUGGUCCGGUUUGAGCAAUUAUGCAAAAAUGAUGAUUCUUUUCACUGCACUUUAAAACGUCUUAGCUUAGUCUAAGCUUUCCUCAAAAGCAAUUAAUUUAUGCAUAUACAUAAUUUCAGUUAAAAUACUAUACAUGUUAACCAGCAUUUAUUAAAUAGGAGUUUUGAAAAAUCCAACCAGGGCUCGAUGAACAAGGGACAUAACUCUAACUGUAAACGUGGCCAUUGUUUUGUUUUUUUAGGUCAUUUCGUCCUCAGCUCAGUGAAAGAUGGAAGAAAAUAACUGGGGUUGGCUUGCUCCAUAUGAGAAAUUUGGACGACUUGGUGAUACCAAAGACACUUUCAAAACUAUUGAGUAUUCAGAAGCCAAAACAAAAUACUCUUCAUUUACUCAUGCCUCUCACGGAAUGCUAUUUGCAAGAGAUGACAAAGUGCUUUGGGAUCUAUAUAAAGCACGAGGAGCUGUUCUUAUGCAGAUGAGGUUCGAUGGUGUUAUAGGCUUCCCAGGCGGUCUAGUUGAGAAGGGGGAAGACCCAGUCUGCGGACUGAACAGGGAAAUGGAGGAAGAGAUCUGCCUUGACUUGACGAGUCACAGGUUCACAGACCAGGAUCAUGUUGUGUCUUUUCUCAAUGAGGACAAGUCACUAGUGUUACACUUCUACAAAAAGGAGGUCUCCUUGGAAGAGUUCAAGGCACUUGAGAUUCAGAAUCUACAGGCUCCAGAGUAUGGUAUUGAGACAUACGGUAUCGUCAGACCACCUCUGUUUACAAUGGGGGAUGGCUUACGAGGAUUUCCUGCUUUUCUAGCCAAUCAUUUUGCAGGGAAUGCUCGAGAGGAACUUGUCAUAGGACUGAGUUUAAGUAAUCUCCUUAGUCAAGAAGAAAUUCAAGCAGCACUCAAAGCUUCACAAACAUUCCAAGAGCAAUGCUUUCCAAACAAGAAAAAGGCCAGUCAAACAUGAUCAACAGAAUAUACUGCUCAAAAUAAGUGAAGGAACCCUAGAUUCUUAAAUAUAAUUGUAUUUACAUGGAUAGAUAUUACAUGGACAGAUAGUAAUAUUAAAGGGUCAGUAACCCC